GGGCCGGCCCUGGGCGCGGUGCUGCCGCUCACCCACCUGCACCACAACCAGUGCUUGACUGGUGAGGAAAUUUUUUCUUUGCAUGGGAUACCAAACAACAGUUACAUAUCAAAUUCAGACUUCUCUACAAUAUGUCCUGCUGUUUUGCAACAGCUAAUUUUUCACCCAUGUGAUCACCAGGAAGACCUUGCGGGUACAUCUAAACCACAUUCUUUACAAGUUUGGGGAUUUGGGUUCCUGGCUGUGACUAUCAUUAACUUGGCAUCACUUCUGGGAUUGAUUUUAACUCCACUGUUAAAGAAGUCGUAUUUCCCCAAGGUUUUAACCUACUUUGUGGGCUUGGCCAUUGGUACUCUCUUUUCUAAUGCAAUUUUCCAGCUCAUUCCAGAGGCAUUUGGGUUUGACCCCAAAGUAGAUAACUAUGUUGAGAAAGCAGUUGCUGUGUUUGGUGGAUUCUAUAUUCUCUUCUUUGUGGAAAGGAUUCUUAAAGUGAUAUUGAAGAUCUAUAACCAGACUGGCCAUACUGACUCUGGAAAUGGUGAACAGAAUCAUUCUCAGGAUAAGACUAACCCACCCAAGGCACUAUCAUCCAGCAAUGGGGGGACAUGCUAUGCAAAUUCAGCUGUCAUAGAGAGCAAUGGAAAUCUUGGUUUUGACAGCAUCAGUGUGGUCUCAGCGCAGGAAGAAGCCACUCAAGGUGGCUUAUGCAAAUGUCUUCAUGGGCGUCCCCUGUCCAAAAUUGGGACCAUUGCUUGGAUGGUAACACUGAGUGAUGCUGUACAUAAUUUCAUAGAUGGUUUGGCCAUUGGUGCUUCUUUCACUUUGUCUCUGUUUCAAGGGCUUAGUACCUCUGUAGCCAUCUUGUGUGAAGAGUUUCCUCAUGAAUUGGGGGAUUUUGUCAUCUUGCUUAAUGCAGGAAUGAGUACUCGGCAAGCUCUGGUUUUCAACUUUUUGUCUGCAUGUUCCUGUUACGUUGGGCUGGCUUUUGGUAUAUUAGUAGGCAACAACUUUGCUCCUAACAUAAUCUUUGCUGUAGCUGGUGGAAUGUUCCUGUACAUCUCUCUGGCAGAUAUGUUCCCAGAGAUGAAUGAUAUGCUGCGAGAGAAAGUGACAGGAAGAAAGAUGGAUCUUACGUUCUUCCUGAUUCAGAAUGCUGGUUUGCUAACGGGGUUUACUGCUAUACUGAUGAUUACCUUGUAUGCAGGAAAUAUUGAGCUGUGA